CCGAGGCCUGGAACAGGCCAAAAACUGUCUAAACGGGACUGUUAUGAUACAAGGGGAGGCCGGCAGGGGAAGAGAAACCUCCAGAUACCACCCCCUCCACCACCACCACAGCAGCACUCCUGGAGAUGUAUCUAAUAAUUUUUUAGUGAUUGCCGUAACCUUGAAGAACCCUCAACUCCGCAAUCCCAUCAACGUAUUCAUUCUUAACCUCUCCUUUUCGGAUCUUAUGAUGUCCCUCUGUGGAACCACUAUUGUUAUAGCUACAAACUACCAUGGAUAUUUUUUCUUGGGACACAGAUUUUGCACUUUCCAGGGAUUUGCUGUCAAUUAUUUUGGAAUCGUUUCUCUCUGGUCCCUGACAAUUUUAGCUUAUGAAAGAUACAAUGUGGUAUGCCAGCCUCUGGGAACUCUUCAAAUGAGUAUCAAGCGAGGUUACCAGUUCCUAGGCUUCAUAUGGAUUUUCUGUCUCUUCUGGGCUGUGGUUCCACUCUUUGGCUGGAGUUCUUAUGGUCCUGAAGGAGUCCAGACGUCAUGCUCCAUUGGCUGGGAAGAAAGAUCUUGGAACAACUAUAGCUAUCUGAUUGCAUACUUCCUGUCCUGCUUCUUUAUUCCUGUUCUGAUCAUUGGAUUUUCUUAUGGCAAUGUAAUUAGGUCAUUGCAUGGCCUGAAUAAGAAAGUUGAACAAAUGGGAGGCAAAGGAAACCCAGAAGAAGAGUUGCGAGCUGUAGUUAUGGUGCUUGUCAUGGUCGUGGCAUUCCUGAUCUGCUGGUUGCCAUACACUGUCUUUGCUCUUAUUGUCGUCAUUGAUCCAGCUCUGAGUAUUUCACCUCUAGCUGCAACAAUCCCAACAUAUCUAGCAAAGACAAGCCCAGUGUACAACCCCAUCAUUUACAUUUUCCUGAACAAACAGUUUCGUGUGUGUGCGGUUGAAUUUAUAACCUGUGGCCAAGUUAUUCCAACAAAACUAGAAGAAGACAUUUCAAUUUCAGUGGUUCCAACCAAAUGUAAAGCACCUUGUAAGAUCAACCAAGUGUCUCCAGUCUGAGAUAGCUUGUCUGAAACUUCAUUU